AUGGAGUAUGCACCCCAUGGCAACCUUAAGGACUUCUUAAAACAGAUAUGUAGGGAUAGCAUCGCAACCGAACAGGAACUAAUGGUGUUUGGUGUACAGAUUGCGCGCGGCAUGCAUUUUUUAGAAUCGAAGAAGUGCAUCCAUGGCGACUUGGCUGCACGCAAUGUUCUAGUCGGUGACAACUUUAUCAUGAAGAUAGCUGAUUUUGGAUUCUCCCGCUAUGUCAAAGGAACAAACGGCUUUCCCAUAAACCCUAAUAACAAAUUGCCAAUAAGGUGGAUGUCGAUCGAGACUCUGGAGGGAAAGGACUAUGAUUCGAGUUGUGAUGUUUGGAGUUUCGGUGUAGUGUUGUGGGAGAUCCUAACGCUAGGUGAAGAGCCCUACUUGCAUACAGCAACCACAAAUCUGUAUAAUUUCCUGAAUAUGGGCAAUCGCUUGGAAAAACCGCCGCUUUGCUCAAAUGAAAUGUACGUUAUGAUGCGGCAGUGUUGGAAUAGCGUUCCCAAACAGCGUCCCACAUUUGGCGAGCUAGUUAGGGACUUGGAGUACAUGUGUAACAAUCAAGGAGGAAAUAUAAACGCUGCUCUGCAGAACGAAUACUAA